UCCCCUUCCAUAUUUCUUUUCUCUGCUCUCCUGCUUCUUGGCUGGCCCAGGGAUGACUGCGUCGCUGCGGCGGCCCUGGCGGGUGCCCUCGCUACUGUGGACCGUCCUGCUGGUCAGCGCUGCGGCCGACACAGUAAUGAGAAGAAAGCUGUCUCAAGCCAGGAAGAGAGCCCUCACUGGAGAAUCAAAUCUUGGCUGGCACUUGCAGUUUGUACUUCCAACCUUCAAGCUAUGAGAACUUCUCAGAAUCAAGAACGUCUGUGUGCAUUUAAAGAUCCAUAUCAACAAGACCUUGGGAUUGGUGAGAGUCGAAUCUCUCAUGAAAAUGGAACAAUAUUAUGCUCAAAAGGUAGCACCUGCUAUGGUCUUUGGGAGAAAUCAAAAGGGGACAUAAAUCUGGUAAAACAAGGAUGUUGGUCUCACAUUGGCGAUCCUCAGGAGUGUCACUAUGAAGAAUGUGUAGUAACUACCACCCCACCCUCAAUUCAGAAUGGAACAUACCGUUUCUGCUGCUGUAGCACAGACUUGUGUAAUGUCAACUUUACUGAGAAUUUUCCACCUCCAGACACAACACCACUCAGUCCACCUCAUUCAUUUAACCGAGAUGAGACAAUAAUCAUUGCUUUGGCAUCAGUCUCUGUAUUAGCUGUUUUGAUAGUUGCCUUAUGCUUUGGAUACAGGAUGCUGACAGGAGACCGUAAACAAGGUCUUCACAGUAUGAAUAUGAUGGAGGCAGCAGCAUCAGAGCCCUCUCUUGACCUAGAUAAUCUGAAACUAUUGGAGCUGAUUGGCCGAGGUCGAUAUGGAGCUGUAUAUAAAGGUUCCUUAGAUGAACGUCCAGUUGCUGUAAAAGUGUUUUCCUUUGCAAACCGUCAGAAUUUUAUCAAUGAGAAGAACAUUUAUAGAGUGCCUUUGAUGGAACACGACAACAUUGCUCGCUUUAUAGUUGGAGACGAGAGAGUCACUGCAGAUGGACGCAUGGAGUAUUUGCUUGUGAUGGAGUAUUAUCCCAACGGAUCUCUAUGCAAGUAUUUAAGUCUCCAUACAGGUGACUGGGUAAGCUCUUGCCGUCUGGCUCAUUCUGUGACUAGAGGACUGGCUUAUCUUCAUACAGAAUUACCACGAGGAGAUCAUUAUAAACCUGCAAUUUCCCAUCGAGAUUUAAACAGCAGAAAUGUUCUGGUGAAAAAUAAUGGAACCUGUGUUAUUAGUGACUUUGGGUUGUCCAUGAAGCUGACUGGAAAUAGGCUGGUGCGCCCAGGGGAGGAAGAUAAUGCAGCCAUAAGUGAGGUUGGCACAAUCAGAUAUAUGGCACCAGAAGUUCUAGAAGGAGCUGUGAACCUGAGGGACUGUGAAUCAGCUUUGAAACAAGUAGACAUGUACGCUCUUGGACUGAUUUAUUGGGAGAUAUUUAUGAGAUGUACAGACCUCUUCCCAGGUGAAUCUGUACCAGAAUACCAGAUGGCUUUUCAGACAGAGGUUGGAAACCAUCCCACGUUUGAAGACAUGCAGGUUCUGGUGUCUAGGGAAAAACAGAGACCCAAGUUCCCAGAAGCUUGGAAAGAAAAUAGCCUGGCAGUGAGGUCACUCAAGGAGACAAUCGAAGACUGUUGGGACCAGGAUGCAGAGGCUCGGCUUACUGCACAGUGUGCUGAGGAGAGGAUGGCUGAACUUAUGAUGAUAUGGGAAAGAAACAAAUCUGUGAGCCCAACAGUCAAUCCAAUGUCUACUGCUAUGCAGAAUGAGCGCAACCUGUCACACAAUAGGCGUGUGCCAAAGAUUGGCCCUUAUCCAGAUUAUUCUUCUUCCUCAUACAUUGAAGACUCUAUCCAUCACACUGACAGCAUUGUGAAGAAUAUUUCCUCUGAGCAUUCGAUGUCCAGCACACCUUUGACUCUAGGGGAAAAGAACCGAAACUCGAUUAACUAUGAACGGCAGCAAGCACAAGCUCGACUCCCCAGCCCUGAGACAAGUGUCACCAGCCUGUCUACCAACACUACAACCACAAACACCACUGGCCUCACUCCAAGCACCGGCAUGACCACUAUAUCUGAGCUGCCAUACACAGAAGAAGCAAAUCUGCAUGCCACAAAUGUUUCACAGCCAAUCGGGCCAACCCCUGUCUGCUUACAACUGACAGAAGAAGACUUGGAGACCAACAAGCUGGACCCGAAAGAAGUUGAUAAAAACCUCAAGGAAAGUUCUGAUGAGAAUCUCAUGGAGCAUUCUCUUAAACAGUUCAGUGGGCCAGACCCACUGAGCAGUACCAGUUCUAGCUUGCUGUACCCUCUCAUAAAGCUUGCAGUAGAAGUGACUGGGCAGCAGGACUUCACACAGGCUGCAAAUGGCCAAGCGUGUUUAAUUCCUGAUGUCGCACCCACUCAGAUCUAUCCUCUCCCCAAGCAACAGAACCUUCCUAAGAGACCUACUAGUUUGCCUUUAAACACCAAAAAUUCAACAAAGGAGCCCCGGCUGAAAUUUGGCAGCAAGCACAAAUCAAACUUGAAACAAGUAGAAACUGGAGUUGCCAAGAUGAAUACAAUCAAUGCUGCAGAACCUCAUGUGGUGACCGUCACUAUGAACGGUGUGGCAGGUAGAAACCACAGCGUUAACUCCCAUGCUGCCACUACCCAGUAUGCCAAUGGGGUAGUACCAUCUGGCCAGACAACCAACACAGUGGCACAUAGAGCCCAAGAAAUGCUGCAGAAUCAAUUCAUUGGUGAGGACACCCGGCUGAAUAUUAAUUCCAGUCCUGAUGAGCAUGAACCUUUAUUGAGACGAGAGCAGCAGGCUGGCCAUGAUGAAGGUGUUCUGGAUCGUCUUGUGGACAGGAGGGAACGGCCACUGGAAGGCGGCCGAACUAAUUCCAAUAACAACAACAGCAAUCCAUGUUCAGAGCAAGAUGCUCUUGCACAGGGUGUCCCAAGCAUAGUAGCAGACCCUGUACCAUCAAAGCCUAGAAGAGCACAGAGGCCUAAUUCUCUGGAUCUUUCAGCCACAAAUAUCCUUGAUGACAGCAGUUUGCAGUUAGGUGAGUCAACACAAGAUGGCAAAUCAGGAUCUGGUGAAAAGAUCAAGAAACGUGUGAAAACUCCCUAUUCACUUAAACGGUGGCGCCCCUCCACCUGGGUCGUCUCCACUGAACCACUGGACUGUGAGGUCAACAAAAAUGGCAAAGACAGGGCAGUUCAUUCCAAAUCCAGCACCGCUGUUUACCUUGCAGAAGGAGGCACUGCCACAACCAUGGUGUCGAAAGAUAUAGGAAUGAACUGUCUGUGAAAUGUUUUCAAGCCUAUGGAGUGAAAUUAUUUUUUGCAUCAUUUAAGUGUGCAGAAGACAUUUAAAAAAAAAACAAAACUGCUUUAUCCUCCUGUCAGUAUCCCCUCCCACCCCUGCAACAAGGACUUGCUUUAAAUAGAUUUCAGCUAUGCAGAAAAAUUUAGCUUAUGCUUCCAUAUUUUUUAAUUUUUUUUUAAGUUUUGCACUUUUGUUUAGUCUCGCUAAAGUUAUAUUUGUGUUAUGACCACAGAAUUAUAUGUGUGUGUAUCAAAAGUGGUCUCAAAAUAUUUUUUUAAGAAAAAAAAGCAAAAACAAUGUAUUGCUGAUAAUCAGUUUGGACCAGUUUCUAAAGGUCAUUAAAUCAGAAGCAAAUUAAGACAGGUUUGACUGCAGUGGUGUCUGCUAUCCAUGUUUUAUUUCUGGGCACAAGCUAGUUUAUAUGUUGAUACGUUCCUGAACACAUUAUCUGUUGGACAUUCUUUUCUCCUGUGUUUUGUUUGAAUGUGCAAUAAUCUAUACACCACAAAUAAGCUUUCUCAUAAGCUCUCUUCCUAACCAAGUACGUAUUCUUCCAUGAUAUAAACAUUUUCCUCCCCUAUCCUCCAUACUUUUGGCAGGUCAGUUCUUUGACAGUGAAUUUUUGCACAAGAGAAAGCAGCUACCUGAUUUCUUGCUUUCUCUCUCCUUAUGGAGAAUGCAGAAACAUUGUCUCAGAGGGCUCUAAAGAAGGAACUACCAAAACCUAAUUUGAAAUGCCAUUUCUUUUAUCCUUCCAAAUUCUAAACAUUUCCUUCCAGGCAUUUUAAUAAACAUAUUUGGUUCUGGUUUUGGAAGUUCAUAAGAGCAUAGAACAAAGAGCAAGUCAAAUAUUAGCUGUUUUCCAUUUUAUUUUAUUUUUUAUAUGUAUGCUCAUGUUCCAUAUUCAUUUAUUUAAGAAGCACAUUUUUAUCAGAAAACUUAUUUUUAACUAGGUAGAAGGUUAACACGAUAUGGUAUUAUAGCCUUCAUUCUCUGAAUAGGCCAUGUUUAACUCAAAUAAAAUCACAUCCUGUUUAAAGUAACUUCAAAAGUAAUUCAUAGUUGGGACCCUGUAGUAUCUUUUUUAUUCUUUUCCCAGGCAAAGCCUGGUAACUUUAUGUGAACAUGAUUCUUCUUCCCAUGACCUAAAACACUGUGUGGAAAAAUCAUUCAGCUGGCAUGCCAAAUCCCUGUGGCAGAAAGAAUUGCUGCCCAACCUAUCAUUUCUGAGCAGACUGAGACUUACCGCUCUCUUUUCAAAACUGUGUGUUUCUUCACUAAUCCUAUUUUCAUAUUUUUUCCAUUUGCCAGUUUUUCACAUCAUGUUUGAUAUGUGAGCAGCAUUUAUUAUUUACAUUAUAUUAGAAUGUACCUUUUAGUGAUAACAUUAUAUAUAUUCAGAUCAUGGGUUUUUUUUAAAGCUUCCUUUGCUUCUUUCAUUACUGAUAAUCAUCUCUUAAACAACCUCUGCAUGUUUUUUUUAAAUAAAGCACUUUAUGUCAAAUAAGGGACUUUUUUUAUAAGCACAAAUUAUUUUCUAUCAAUUUGCAGACAAUGAAGAUCUCACUUUUUUCCCCCCAGAUUCUCAGAGUCCUUAAUAGACUUUAAUUAAGUUCUAAGAUUGCUCUGGGAGAGAAAUAGCUAAGAGGAAAACACAAUCCCAAAUUCCUGAUUUAUGUAUUUAUCUCCUGAACAAAAUUUUCUCACUCAUAUUCCUCUAUCUGCAUCAUUUAGCUAAAGACAGCCUGAAUUACCCAAUGUGCUAUCCAAAAUAUUUAUGACUUAGUUGUGUAUAUAAGCCUUCUUUUGUUUGCCAUCUACUGUGUGAUCUUAUGAAGUGAGAUGUUACAACACAUCAUUUAUUCAGCUGGAUUGCUGAAUUCAGUUUUGAAUUCUUAGAAUCAAACAUUUUGCUAGUGCCCAGGAUUUCCACCUUUUGUAUUUUAUAUUGGCCCUUCUGUUGAUUCAGACCCUUAACAUAUUUUUCAAUCAUCUGGCAUUAAAAAUUUUUCAUUUAGUUAUUUUUUUAAUCUAUGUAAUGAAUUGUUUAUAUUUUUUCCAGUAAAUUUUCACUUGGUUUUCUUGACUUUUAAUAUCUUUCAACUGCAUUUCAGGAUAUUAUUUUUAAGUAUUUGUAGAACAUCUUGAGUGAAAAUAAAUUAUAUUCCUUCUCCAGUUGGAAGCAUCGAAGAUAAAUGGCUAUUUGAGGUCUAACGGAUCUUUUCCUGACAGAAGAAGAGUUAUCUUACAUUCUACUAUGCUGUGUUUGGGUCAGUUGAUUGUAAGUUUUUCAGCAUUUUUUAAUGUUUGAUAGUAAAAUGCUGGGACUUCCUAGGUGGCACAGUGGUUAAGAAUCCGCCUGCCAAUGCAGGGGACACAGGUUCGAGCACUUCUCUGGGAAGAUUCCACAUGCCACGGAGCAGCUAAGCCCGUGCGCCACAACUAUUGAGCCUGUGCUCUAGAGUGAGCCACAACUAUUGAGCUUGUGUGCCAAAACCAUUGAAGCCCAUGCACCUAGAGCCCGUGCUCCGCAACAAGAGAAGCCACUACGAUGAGGAGUCCGCGCACCACAAUGAAGAGUAGCCCCUGCUUUCAGCAACCAGAGAAAGCCCGUGUGCAGCUGCAAAGACACUACUCAGCCAAUAAAUAAAUAAAAUAAAUAAAUAAAUAAAAUUUAAAAAAAACAGUAAAAUGCUCUCAAAAAUUGGUAUACCAAAUUAAAAGAAUUCCUUAUACUUUCCCAUUUUAUUCAAGCAUGUUUAAAACAAUUUCCUUUCCCCAUGUUUUUAUUAGUAGAUUUGAAAAAGUAGGAGAAAUAGAGAGUUUAGAUCAUUUUAAUAAAUUUAAAAUUAAAUUGUACAUCAGACUGAUUUACUUUUAGAAUUUGUUUGCUAAUAUACAGUCAAGCAAAAUUACUGAAAAUACUCAUUUGUAAACUUUAUUCAUCUAAUAAUAAUGUAUCUUAAAUCUAAUAUUUAACUGCUCUCACAAAAUUUUGCAUGUAGGAAAGCAUUUGGGUCCCUUUGAAUAAAAGACCAUUCAUUUAAUGAAAAAAUACUAAAAUUAAACCUUAAAAGUCUUAUAACCUUAAAAGUAUCAUAAUAGGUAAUCAAAGUCUAAUAUUCUCUUAACUAUCCUAAUUGUAUACCAGAACUGUCAUUGAAAGAAUUUGAUUUGAAUUGAGUUUAGACAAAAUGAUUUAAUUAUAAUUCCUAAAAAAGUUCCCUGUUUUUAAAUGCAUAAUUGGAACAAAAAAUAUCGAUGUAAAAAAUUAUGGGAAGACAAAGGAAUAGAUACUAAUGCUAAUUGGCCAUUUAUUACAUACUGAAUGCUGGGGUAUAUAUACAUUAACUCUUUUACUCCUCAUAGUAACCUUAUGAGGAUUAUAGUUAAUAUUCCCAUUUUACUGUUAGGAAAACUGAAGCUAAGUAAGAGAAGCUAAGUAAUUUGCCUGAGGUCCACAUCUAGUAAUUGACAGAAAAGCUGUGAUUUUAACCUGGGCUUGCUCUCUUCACAUCUCUUUCAUCCACAGCACACUGCCUGCACACUGUAUGACAGGGUGCAUAAUGGACUGACGUUUUGUAAGAAAUUUAGUCAUUAUGCUCCAGCACAAUUGUGGCUUGUGUAUAAGCCACACCAGGUACCUGAAUGACUUUAGAAGUUAGACGAAAAAAAGGAGAUGUACAGACAUGUCUGUGGUGAUCGUUGCUUGAGAAAUAAUUACUAAUUCAAGACAAAAUUCAAUCUCACACUUGCCAUCAUGAGUCUUAAAAUCAUUUCACUUCUCUUCAUUCCUGACAUUCUUAUAUUACAGAACUAAAGGUAAAGUAAAUUUUAAAGGAAAAGCAAAGGUGGCUUCUGGGAACAGAGACCUUUUCCUAAAUGGAUUCCAUACUUGAUUUGGUGGAAUUAAUUUACUGUGGACCUUCAGUCUCAUCAGUCCUUUCACUUCAUUUUGAAGAUUUCUGCUUUUAGUGACUUUAGAAAAUUUUACUAAUCCGGAGAACUAAAUUGAAGAGGAUGUAGGAAGGAUAAUGUCCUUUUUAUAAAGCAAUUUAUAUAGCUUACUUACAGGUAUCCACUUGCUGUGGAAAAUGUGUGUUGGUUCUGAAUGUGAAAAUAAUUAAAGACAGGAACACUCACAAGUAAGUAUGUGUUUCAGUGGGAAUUAUCACAAAAUUUGGCAAGUAUUUUAAAACCUUUUCUAAUUUGGCUUCUAAAGCCAAGUGAAAUACCUGAUAGGCUGCAGCUAUUUACUGAAUUUUCUGUUCUCUAUAAACCUCUCUCUUCAGAGUCGUUUAAAAGGGAAAAAAAUUUCCACAAACUUUUUGUUUUUUUCUUAUUUAUAAAAAUGAAUAUUUCAUUGGAGGUAAUUAGUUCCUAGAAUGUGAGAUUGCAUUAUAUUUCUAUACAACGUUUUAUAAAUUUAUGUUAAACUUACUACCAGUUAUAUGCAGGUUAUUACAUAACUAUCUACAGAUUGCUUUAAAUAUUACUCUAUCUUCCAAGCUAACUUCUUAAAUUUACAGUCUGUACACACCUUAGUUGAUUAUCUAGACCAAUUAUCCUAGAAAAUGUGUAACACUCCCACAGACACCCCAGGGGUCUUUUCAGACUAGGAUGUUUCUAAAUACUCCUACCUUUUACUGUCAGUGUGCUCUUCAGCAGAUAAAAGUGCAUUUUAACUUUUAGAUUCUGAACUAUGUAAACUUUAGUCGAAACUACCUUGCGUGAUCCAUUCUGAGAUAUAAUGCUUCACUAAGUAAGUCUGGCAAAUCACUGUUUGAACUAAUUUACACAAAUAUUAUCAAAAGAAGGCUUUUCUACAAGUUCCCAGAGAAACUAACACACAAGAAAAGGAAAUCCCAGGGCACUCUGAUGCUCCUACCCCUCACUUUCCUUCAUUCACCUCUUAGUUUCUGUCUUACCUACUCUAUCCCUUGAUUAUCUAACUUGCAAUCUUCUGUGUCAGGAAGGUUUUCUUCAUAUCUAUUCUGCUUCACUCCUGUUUCAUUGUAUAUCUGUUUCUCUUGUCCAGUAGUAAAAAAAAGAGAGCAGUUGGUCGUCCUCUCCAACAUUGUUAUUCUUCAUUAUGCUUCGGGUUUCUCAACACCUAAGUCUCAGUUCUUUAGACAAAAUUGCUUUGGUUCCUUUAGCAUUUUCUCCUCAGUUUUAUUUUAAUAUCUACUUAUAUCUAAGAACACCUAAAAUUAUAUUUUGUUAUAUUCAAACUCAUUACUCCAGUUAAGUAAUAGUUAAAUAGGAUAGAAUUGAGAAUUAAGAUGUUACCAUUUGACAGUGGAUCCAACAAUCAGAUUGUCAGCAAAUCAGCACUUAAGUUUAUAUUAUCUAACGUUUUCUAUUAAAUUGUGGAGUUUUAUGAUUUUAUUCUCUCAUUAGUUUAUAACUAAAAAGCCAUACAUACAGAAUUGUAUAUCAUUUUGCUAUUAUUUUUUAACCUACAUUGCAGCAAGCUUAGCAUUAUGAUUGAGCCACAACAUUUUACAUAUUUCUUUGUGUCAGAUAUUAAAUACAAAAUGCAAGGUUAACUUUCAAAAGCAAACCCUACAAUAAUCAGGUAUUAUCUACCAACAUUUUUGCAGACCACUUUUGAAAUACUCAUCAUUGUUUUGCAACAUAGACUGGACUAUAACAAUUUUCAUUUAUCUUUUAAGUGACUGGUUAAAAUUGAGUGUGCAUAUAAAGAAAAAUUUAGGAUUUUAUCUCAUGGCUGAUAACAUUUGAAAAGUAAAUACUUCAGAUGAAUUUAUGCUGUGUACUAAAAUCAUGCCCAAAAUAAAUAUUAUAUCUUGAAAAUUCUAAAUCCGUUAUUACUGUGAUGUUCAUAGUGUUACUAUUAAAUGUUGUAACAUUCAUUUUUUUAACUUGAGACUCAGAUUUUAAAAUCUGGGUAAGAGACAAGGAAUCAUCACAUCAUUGGGGUGUCCAGUUUAUGACUGAAUUUUAAAGCAAGUUACUGUAUUUUAAACUGCAACUAGUUUUUGUUUUUAAUGUUUUAAAAGGCAACAUGUGGGGUUUUUCCAUUUUAUUUGUACUUUUAGAUUUCAGAACCAUCUUCCUGUUCUAGACUCACUCUAUAGACAUAAUAUUACUUAAAAACUCAGGGCCCUUUUCAUCCCUUUGCACAUUGAAAAACUUCAGUUGAUAGCAAACAAGCAGUCAGAUACAGUUGAAUAUUUAAAAUGUUUGUUGCACACACAGUUCAUUUAAUGUUUCAUCUUAUGAUUUGACUUCAUUUAUAUAGAUAUAAUAUCAGAUUUCAUUAAUCAUAAAAGCCUGCCCAGUUUUGUAAUUACUAAAUAGAGGGAAAUGACUCAAAUAAUUGGCUACAUGUUGCAGCAUAUUUAGGCCUUAGAGUUGAAGCACAGUCUUCAAACCAUUUCUGUGCUUUGGUUAAAUGGUUAUACAUGAUGGGACAAAUCAUUUCACUUUGUUUUGUUUUUUAAUUGGGGAACUUGGUUAAGUAGUUCCUCUGAGAUAAAAUUUUUCAAGAGGUAAUUUAACAUUAUUAAACUGUCUUCUAAAAGUGAACUAGUGAGUUUAUAACUUUAGUAAUGGCUUGGAUGCUUUUGAGAAGGUAACCUAUUUAUCAUAUUGUCAGAUCCAAAUAGAAUUUUUCUUUCAGACAAGUUCAAGCUCCAAAUUGGUAAGCUGUAUACUUAAAAUCCUUGCAGUGAAGUUAUUUACAACCAGUCUCUUGUCUCAGGCUCUCCACCUUGUUACCAAUCCUCUUAAGUGUGAUAGGGAAACGUUUUUAAAAAAGCUUAACAGUAAGAAAACUGAAUUAAUAAAAGAUGGACUUUAAAGAUAGGUUCUGGUUUAACAGUGAAUUGCUUGGCUUCUGUGGCUUUUCUUCUGGUCACAUUUAUUUAUUUAAACAGUUUUUGUAUGCCUUGUCAUGUUUCCAUGGAGAUUAUAUUGUGUAAGUGUUUGUAUACGCUGGAAUCAUCCUUAAUUUUCUGUUGAUAAUUUUUCAAAUGAAGAUAAGUGGAUAAUUGUAAAAUACACUAACUCUUAGGGUGUUGUAGUAGCUGAAACAUGGAAAUGUGUAGCUGCCAUGCUUUUUCUGAACGGACAAGAGAAACAUAAGCUACAGAGUAUUUGUUUCUGAGGAUGCUUUUCUAGAAUAAGAAAGGCUGAAAAAUAUUGGCAAUUCCUCAGAACCCUCUUUCUUGUUAACGGGUAUCUUUUGUUGGUGUGUUUUGCUCUCACAUUACCAAUAGAGUAUCAUAUAUGAAUUUAUGAAUAAUUGCUUUCAGUUAUUUUGCUUUUGUAUAAGCCGUCUGAGACCUUGCUAUGCUGUAUAAGUUGUGUUCGAUGGAUCGGUGUGAGUAUGAAAUAAAGCAAAUCACUUUUCUUUUGUAUUAUCUAUGGAUGCCACUAUGAAAGCUGACAUUAAGCCACUAAAGAGUUUUCUAUGAAUAAUUGUAAGUAAAUGCUUUGAUAUAUAUAAACCUAAAUAAAAAGAUUGUAUUGAUACAGAGACGUUGGAGAAGGAGAUUUUAAGAAAGUUCUUUAGGUUUAAAAAAGGCUUGCUGUAAAAUGGUGCAUUAUUCCAUUUAUUAAAGAUCAUAUUAAUGACAA